AUGGAAGCUUGGAGAAUGAUGAACAAGCUUGUGGGAUAUACAGAGAUUCUCAUUGUAGCAUUCGUUAUCAUUCUAUACCUCUUGGGGUUCUAUGAAGCAAUCAUUGUUUCAGGAGUCUCUAUCCGCCUUUACCUACUUAUAACUUCCUUCUACUAUUACGUGUUAUGUCUAGUAAAGUCUCCUGGGCAGCUUCUUGACUUUGGGAAUGCAAAUGUAAAGGGAAUAUGCAAGAAAUGCAACAGGAUAGUGGGGACGAAAACAGUUCAUUGUGAAAUAUGCAAUAAGUGCUAUUACAAAAGAGACCACCACUGCCCAAUAAUAGGAAGAUGUGUUGCAUCAAGCAACAUUAAGGAUCUAUACCUUGCAGUGUCCUUCAUGGGAUUCCAUUCACUUGCUGCAAUUCUUAGAGGCUCAACCAGAUUUGCAUAUAUGAUGUCUUUUCACAGGUAUUUGUUCAUCAUGUCAAGUGCAUUUGCAUGUUGGUUGACAUUUCUCAUACUCACAGGCAAAACAACAAGGGAGCUUAUAAGGUUCCAAGGAAGGAUAACGGAUGAAAUAAGAAUGUUUAGGCUAAAAAAGAUAUUUCGUGAUGGGUUUGUGGGAACACUGGCCCCUUAUCUGAGAUGGAAGACAACUGUUGUCAAUUGA